AUGGAACCGUUUACUUGCCCCAACCCGGAAAAAUUCUCUAGGGCAUUGGGGCUAGUGUGGAAGGUUUCGAAUGCUAAUAGAAAAAUUUGGAUUUUUGUCGAGGAGGGCGCAAACUUUGUGGUGGAGGAUGACUCGGACCAGGUGCUACAUGGCCGUUUCACGUCUCCGCGUCUAGAAAGCCACAUUUAUGUCUCGGCUGUCUACGCAAAGUGCUCGCGGUCGGAAAGAUACCUUCUUUGGGAUAAGUUGAGGGAGAUUGUGGCCCUCACUGAUGGGACUCCUUGGCUCAUCGGCGGGGACUUUAAUACCAUUUUAUCCCCACAUGAUAGAGCCGGGAGUGACACCAACCGGCAGGAUGAGAUGGUUGACUUUGCCGAGACUAUUGAAGAUUGUAGGCUACUCGACCUGGGGUUCGACGGCUCGGCAUACACGUGGGCAAAGAACGGACUCAUGGAGAGGCUUGAUAGAAUCUUGGUAAAUGAUGCUUGGCCACAAGUCUUCGAGGCAACGAGAGUGUCUAACCUCCCCCGCGUCUCCUCGGACCACGGGCCGGUGUUGGCUAGAUGUAGAGGCCCUAACCGGCACCCCGGAGGAAAGGCCUUUCGAUUCCAAAAUAUGUGGAUCCGACACGAAGGUUUCUUGAACCUUUUACGACGGACUUGGAGCCAGCCUACUGAGGCCGAGGGUUUGCUUAAUCUACAAAUAAAGCUUGGGAGAACCAAACAAAUGCUCAAACUCUGGAAUAAAGAAGUCUUUGGGAACAUACAUGCCAACCUAAAGGAAAUGGAGGAGAAGGUGGCCGGGGCACAGUAUGAGUUUGAACUGAACCCGUCUGGUGAAAACCGAACCUUGGUGAACAAGCUCAUUGCUAACUACAUCCUUCUCUUCAAAAUGGAGGAAGACUAUUGGCGACAUAAAGCGGCCCUCCGAUGGCUAGCGGAUGGGGACAAGAAUACAAAGUUCUAUCAAAAUUGGGUUAAACAGAAGAGGAUCUGA